AGCAGAUCAUGAUCUUGUCAUUAUCAAACAGUCCGCCCAAUAUCUGGAGUCAAGUAUCCGGAGCGCAUUUACGGGACGGACGGAUGAGGCACAGCUUUACGCAACGAGUGGGAAGUCGUGUAGGUCGCUUUAAGAGAUUUACAUUAAUUAAUCUUUCCCAACAGUCGUUUGCUGACAGUAAAGCGGGCUCAGACUCGGUGUAAACUGAAAUGCGCGGUCAAGCUGUUUCGACGCUUGUGCUCGUGUUGUUGUGGUGUUCCGGGAGCGCGCCGGGUGAACGGGAACAGAAGGUGUCCAGGAGAACACCGAGGACUCGCUCCUGCCUGGACUUACCAGAGGAGAUUUUGGAGCAGAUGUUUGGGAGGCUCUCGGUCGGGGUGCUUAGCGCGUUUCAUCACACCUUGCAGCUCGCGCCUCCAGAGCGCCAGAAUCUGAGCUGUCAAUCAGCGUCUCGUCUAGCUCGCGACAGACCACGUACCCCAGUGAACCUCCUCAGCCUCUCGCCGUGGGCGUACAGAAUCUCCCAUGAGCCUGCAAGGUACCCCCGAUACCUCCCGGAGGCUUAUUGUUUGUGUAAGGGAUGCCUGACCGGGCCAAACGGGGAGGAAAGUGACCGCUUCCGAAGCACCCCAGUGUACAUGCCCACCGUCAUCCUGCGCCGUACUGGCUCGUGUGUCGGGGGUCGUCAUUCCUACACGGAGAGCUACGUGUCCAUCGCCGUGGGAUGUACUUGUGUGCCAUUGUUGGAAAGAGACAGAAAAACACAGAAGAGCAACCCAAGUGUGAAAAGAGUAGCAUCUAAAAAUGCAGUUUCCAGCACCUUUAGAAAGAAUCAAAUGAACUGAUCACUUGUUAGAUAUUUUUUAUUCUCUAUAUGUAAACCUUUUUUUUCUCUCACCAAAAUAAAGACAGAACUUGGCACUGCAGAUAAGCAGCUGUGAGGGCGAGAAAAAGGAAAACUUUCAGUGCCAAAAUACAAACAUUUGCUAAUCCAACGUACUCUGGAAAAGCCAGUCAGCCUUAUGGUGUUAAGUGACUAAUACAGUCAAGCUGUGUGCCAGUAUAAAGAAGAAACGCUUCUUUUAAAGGCAAGAAUGAGUCUCAUAUUCAAUGGAUAUCAUUUCAAGAAUUAUUCAGCUUGACUUUGUGUCAGUCUUCAUAUGCUUA